UUCAAUUCAUGUAAACAAAUAUUAAAUUCCUCCUAAAGACGCUAAAAUAUAUGUAGAUUUGCGAAUAUUUUUCUCAAAUAAAUAACUCAAUCGGAUUGUGUAAAGAUGCCUGAAUAUCAAAGUUGGACUUUCCCGGAUAUACCCGCAGAUCUAACCGAACUGUUUUUCCAAAAUGAUGAAAAGCUGGUGGUGGUGGGUGUAAUAGGGAAAUCAGCUUUCUGCGAUAGCAAUAAAAUGGUUGCAAUCGGUGUGUUGGACAGUCACCCCAGCUUGCUGAAGCAUGAGCCGCAAGAGGGUAGUAUUCAAUUCUAUUAUAACCGUAAGAAGUCGAUGUUGCUGCUGCACUUUGAAACCACAUUUGAUGCCGCAUGUAUGCAGAAAAUGCUGGAGGAAGAGCUGGCACUAGAUACGUAUGGGCAUUUCUUGCUAUUCAAUCAGCGUGUGCGUAAUCGUUUUGCGCGAAUGAUGCUCUUUGCCACACAAAUUUGUCACGUAAUUGUUUUUGUUGAACUAAAUGUAACUUUCGAUUCAUCUCUGUUGAUGAUCUUUAGAGCACUAAAGAUUAUAAGGGACAAGUACAUACUAAAGUUUUUGCCAAAACUGGUUAAGAACUCCAGCACUGGUACAUUUUUAGGCAAAUCUGCACGCUUGUGUUCACCGCGUGUGCUUUUCCUCUUCGAGAACUAUCCGGAUGGUUAUGAGAAAACAAACGAAUGCAUUUCUAAACUAGAGUUUGAAGUGGAGGAUAGCAUUUAUAAAAUGCUGCGAAACGAAUUCAUUAUCACCAACAACAGCGGCAUGUCGCUUUUUUCUAUACCGAGCAAUAAGCGGUUUGUCUACUACAACACAAACCCACGUCUGCGUGAGGAUCCAUUGCUGAAAUCAAUAACAUUGCUGCAAAGCUUUUUGCAGAAAUCUAAUUUUAAAGAAGACGACGAAGACGAUCUUGAAGAUUUGCAGCCUUUCAAGGGAUUUGGUAAACCACUCAUACAAUGCAAUCUGGAACGCAUUCAACAAUCUGCAAAGGAAACAUGUGUCAAAGAGCGUAAUUUUAUGGAUUUAUUGAUGGACCAUGUCAACGAAGCACUACAAACGGGCUUUGAUGAUAGUUCGACCAAGUUUAAAGGCAAAAACCAUUUUGUGAUACUCCCAGCCAAGUCCUGGUACGAAACUUUCAAGAUGUUGCAUAAGAUUUUCAUCGAAAAUCCAGAUAAUCCCAAAUUUGAGGCCAACGAUGGAGAUUAUAAAGCAUACCUGGAGAAUUUCAAUAAAAUUAUGAACAUCGAUGAUGAAUUCUUCAACGCCUGCUGUGACAUCGGCUUGCAGAAGGCCUUUGCAAUGUAUAACAACCCAACAUUGACGCACUACAGCAGUACAGUGCAUAAAAAACUGGUUGAUGAGGCCGUUAUUUUGUACAUGAAAUAUGCGCGCGGUACACAAACCGUUAUUAACGAAUCGAAACUACGUGAAAUGUGUGAGCGGUGCUGGCAAAAUGGUAAACAACAAUGCGAGCUGCCGAGCCUACGCGGCCAUCCUUGCAUACUGCCCAAACACAUCGUUAAAGAUGCCUCGGAGCAUAGCAGUGCGCACGUCUUUAUCUCCGCAUGUAAUUGUGGGCGUACACAGGGACGGCGUGAGGAUCCCUACACUAUAAGGCAUGCAAAUUAUGAAUUCUACGAAUACAUGGCGAAUAAUUGUAAUCUUUGCGCUAAAGUAAAAAAAGUGCAUUUCCCAGUUUUUGAACCGUCUGUCAAUGAUUACAGAGCUGCCGAGUUCGAGGUCGCAUUCCCAAAGCUGUCAAUACACGAUUCUAUGGAUUUAGCUGACCGACAUAAUCUGCGCUCUCCCGAUUCCAUUGAUUCUGACGAGUGCUCCCAACCACUUACCGCCUCACAAGGUACGCAUACCAACCUGAGUCUCGUCUCAUCCGAUGAACUGGAUAAAAUCGCCGUUAAUGAUGCUGAUAUGCAAAGCUCCGACGAAUCGCUUAAUGAAUUGGUUAUACAGGUGAAGGAUAAAGAUGCACAAAAAGCAGAGGAGAAAGAGCGUAGUAUAUAUAGGCAGCCAUCUACUACUGAAUAUCUACCUGGCAUGGUUCAUACAGAGUCGCCUUUGGGUUUGCUGCCGCGUUUUCCGAGUUGGUCGCUGGUGUGUGCCGGUCCAAGUUCUGUUUACAGUCACAACACCGGUCUGAUGGAGCACUUUCAAAGUGGUUUUUUGUCGGGCGCAAAUUUUCUGCUCCCCUGGGAUGUGCAUGUACGUUUGGAGCACUCGCAAUCGUGGGCAUAUGAGAAAACACGUCUGCGUAAAAUGGGUGAAGUAUUCAUAUUGAAGAUAUUUGUUGGUUGCGAGUAUGAGUGCCCGCGUGGCCAUAGAUUUAUGAUGAGCUCGGCAGAUAAGGUUUUGCGCGGUGGGUCAGGUAUACUUCGUGAUAGUGGCAGUAAAAUAGUCUAUAACAAUAUGCCCUUGUAUUUCCCAUGUCCUUGUCGUUCGCAUAAGGCUGAUGUGGCGCAGCUAAUGCGUGUGCAUGUGGUGACGCCGAAGGCACCUGUAAAUGUAAUCUUGGAUCCAAAGGUGCGCACUGGUGAACGAGAAUAUAUUUUUUCGAUGGGUCUGCCUAAUCCUCCGAAACUAACACAAAGCGCUUACUGGAUUUUGCGACUCCCUUACAUAUAUCAAGGUGACGCAGGCCCCAUAGCUCCACCAACCGAAGUAUCCGCAACUAAUGCAAUCAAUUAUGGUUGCCUGUUGGCGGGCAUGUUUGGCGUUAGCGAAACAGAAGUAGAUGACUAAGACACUAAAACACAAGCUGCGUAUUUAUUUUGUAAGCCUAUAUUUGUACAUAAACAUUCAUGAUCGAGCAAAGUCAGAUAGAUUUUCUCAAACUAUUAAAAUACAAUUACUAAGAUUUAUGUUUAUAAAUCGUGCAAGAUUAGAAGAGAAAGUUAAAUUGGACGCGCGAACGCGAAAUAAAGGAAAGCUGGAUUUCAUCUUAAA